AACGUUGCGGGAUGCUGAACACAUCGGGGAACUACACCGGCUGUCAGACGCCACCAACUAUCCCCUUCACCCCCAUCUUCUUGAGCUUCAUCUACUUUGUUUGCUUCGUGUUUAAUUGCAUCAGUCUAUGGAUUUUCUGGUUUCGAGUAAAACAAUGGAACUCAUCUGUGGUUCUCCAGUUCAACUUGGCCAUCUCCGAUGCCAUCAUCACUCCAGCAGCUCCGCUGAUGAUCAUAUACUCCGUAACCGACCACUGGACCUACGGGACAUUCUUAUGUCAGUUUAUGGCCUUCAUGCUCAGCGUUCAAGUAUAUGGAAGCAUCUAUUUCCUCACAUUAAUCAGCGUCCACCGAUAUUUUACUGUUGCUCGCAACAAUAACAGUACUUCCUGGACCAGGAAGCCUUUCAUCACCAAACUGUGCCUCGGUGUCUGGGGAUUUCUCCUUGUACAAGGUUUUCCCUUUUUCUUUGUUCUGCAAACAUCUGAAGUACAUGGAGUUACCAAGUGUCUCAAUUCUCAUCGAACCGAACUAGCAAUGUUAUUUUUCGUUUGGAACUGGGUCGCACUCUUCACCAGUGUCCUCUUUCCUUUCUCCAUAACAUUGGUCUGCUACAUUCUCCUGAGUCGCUAUAUCCUCAAGGUGAAUCCUAUGAACACUCUCAGCAAAGUCAUGGUGACCAAAUCCUUACAGACCAUAUUAGUCUCCUUAAUCAUAUUUAUAAUCUGCUUUAUCCCUGUACAUAUAACCAGGACAGUGGACGUCACAAUCAGUUUAUUUUUCCCAACCUUGUGCUCUUUACUUGAAAUAGUCGAUGUUUCCUAUUAUUUUGCAAGUCUGAUGACAGCAACAAACUGCUGUUUGGAUCCCAUAAUAUACUGUUUUGCCUCAGCCAGAUUUAGGAGCACAUUCACCGGCUGGUGCAGCUUUCCGUACAGCCGUGGUAACGGCCAGAGAAACACAGCAGAUGAAGCUCAUGGUGACUAA